CGCGGAGGACGACGCACGGGGAACGCGCGCGCAGAGUGUUUUCGGGCUUCAUCAGGAGCGGACGGUUCAUCUUCACACCAGGUCGAGAUCUAGUCACAGUUCAACAUGCCGAGCAACAAUCACAGCUACCCGAGUGGUAGCAAGCAUAAAUACAGAUACAGCGAGCGCACGUCCAACCCGGCGUUCUACUACCCCUCAGACAAACUGCUCCAUUUCUACACCUGGACGUCGUCGCCGGGCGUGAUCAAGAUCCUCUGCAUCAUCAUCAUCAUCAUGUGCGUGGCCGUGUUCGCCUGUGUGGCGUCCACGCUGGCCUGGGACUACGACAUGAGCCUGAUGGGCGGCGGGGCCGGUCUGCUGCCCGGCGUGGGCGGCUCGUUCGGCGGCGGCUCCUUCCAGGGGGGUUUCGGCAGCUCGUUUGGUUCCGCCAUCGGCAGCGGCGGAGCCUUCGGCGGCUACGGCGGCGGCUUGGGCGGAAGUUACGGUGGCGGCUAUGGCUACGGAGGAACACAGAUGGAUCCCAGAGCCGGGAAGGGAUUCAUCAUCGCCAUCUCCGCCAUCACCUUCAUCGCCGUUCUCAUCAUCUUCGUCCUGGUCAUCUCCAGGCAGAACGCCGCCCGCUCGCACAAGUUCUACCUGGCGACCAUCAUCAUCUGCGCCAUCCUGGCCUUCCUGAUGAUCAUUGCCACCAUUGUGUAUCUGGUGGCGGUCAACCCCACGGCUCAGUCCUCGGGGUCAGUGUACUACAGCCAGAUCCGGCAGCUGUGUGCUCAGUACCAGAAUCAGAACCAGGCCCAGGGCAUCUUCCUCAACCAGUACCUCUACCACUACUGCGUGGUGGAGCCCCAGGAGGCCAUCGCCAUCGUCCUGGGCUUCCUGGUGUUCGUGGGGCUCAUCAUCCUGCUGGUGUUCGCCGUCCGCACGCGCGCUCAGAUCAGACGCUACGGCCAGGAGCGCAUCCUGUGGGAGGAGGUGAAGGUGGUCAACACUGGCCUCACCAACAGCGUUGGGGAAUGGGUAACUAAAGUGUCUGGAGAGCCUGACGCACUGGUGAACUCUCCCAAUUACAGAGUUGGCGGAUCUGCUGAAUAUCUGGACUCUUUGGACCAUAAACCGAUUUACCUGCCUGGGGACUCGGACAUCAACAGCUCUGUGGGGGGUCCCAAGUCCAAAUACCGGGACUACGACACUGGUCUGGAGUCUGGAGAUGACCUGGACGACGAGGAGGACUUCGGCAUGUUGUUUCCCCCGAUCAUCGAUGAACAGGAGCGUCUGACCUACAAGCGGGAGUUCGACCGUGACCAUCAGGAGUACAAAGACCUGCAGGCGGAGCUGGACUCUGUGAACCAGGACCUGGCAGGUCUGAACUCGGAGCUGGACCGACACACCGAGGGCAGCCCGCAGUUUCUGGAUGCCUUCAGCGAAUACACCAAACUGAAGAACUACAAGAAGUCUCCAGACUACCAGGAGAAGAAGAGGAGGUGCAGGUAUCUCCGCGCCAAACUGUCGCACAUCAAGAAGCAGAUCAGCGACUACGACCGCCGGCCAUGAAGCUACGGCUCUGCUCCUGGGCCAGGUCCUCUGGAGAGGUCGCAGUCAUCUGGGCCGUUUUUAUCCAGUCUUUUUUUUUUUUUUUUAAUAUCCUCAUCAUCAACGUGCCGUUUUUAAAGUGUCAUGCUUAAGCUUCUUUGGGCUGGUAUAGUGUCAGUGUGUGUGUGUGUGUGAAAAGACCUGUAAAGUUCAAAUCCGAAUUUGCCGUCAGUCUGGACUUCCAGGCUGUGCAUGUCAGCUUACACAUUAUUUAAGUCCAUGUGCCGUUCUCCUCAGGGACAUGAAGUUUGUGUAGGUAAAGAAAGUGGACAGGAGAAGUCACACAGCCACUCUGCAGUGAGCCUGCCAGUCUACACCGAGGGAAAAUGUGCCUGAGAAGGCCAACGUGAAUCUGUUAUGUGUGUGAGAGAUACACCGCUGACCUCUCAGUUUUGUUGUGACCACAGUUGUUUUUUGCCUUCAGUCUUGACUUGUAGACCUAAAUCAGUUCUUAAAGUAUUUUUGUUUGUCCUCUGGUUUGAAAUGAAAGAUUGCUACUUGAUGUUUUGAAGGCCUAAUGGAGAACAAGACCGUGCUGAAGACAUGAGUGGUCCUGGCAGUCCGAACAGGGUAAAAACAAACCAGAGUUAUAAAUGAUGUAAUCAUGAAGUUGAUAUAGCAGCUAAAUGAUGUUUGAAUUGUGUGUACUUGGAUGUGAGCAUACACACACAUAUAUGCACACAACAAGAAUGUGUCUGUAUUGGAUGUACCAGUAAUAGAUUUUGGCUUUUUCCCUGAAUCUGGACCCACAGGCUCACUUUUUACAGAAUAUGCCCUCCACAUGCGUGCGUGUGCGCGCACACACACACACACACACACACACACACACACACACACACACACACACACACACACACACACACACACACACACACACACACACACACACACA